GCGUGUUCGCUCUCUCACGUUACUUUUUUUUUUUCCAUCUGGAAACGUAUUGUGUCUGUCAACCAUUUUGGUUAUCAGUGUUGUGUUCACCCGCUUUUAAUUACAGUCUGAAACAGUGGUGAAAGUAUAAUGAUGAAAAUAAUCCUGCAUUUAUCAUCAAAUACGAUACGUAAUAUUGUUUUACAUCAAGUUUUACGCCUAUGAAAGGUGUCUUGAUAAGAAAAUGAACCGAAUGAUAACUUGGUCCAAAUCCUAAGAGCUGCAGUUCUGUUACUAACUACAUUGUGUUAUACAACUACUUAGAAAGAUGGGUACUUCUCGACAGGAAGAUAGAUCUCUCAGUGGUGGUAUUUCAUUGCCACAAUGGAUGAAAGGAAAAAUGGAUAAAUUUGAUUUUGACGAUACUACUUUCCAAAGUCCACCAACUUAUGACGACAGUUUUUUUUACUUAAGAUAUCAAAAAUCACAGAGUUCCAAUUCAUCACAACAAGAAUUGAAACGUAUCUCUGAGGUUUUGAGUGAGAACAAUAUUACAGACUCUACAAAUCAGAAAGUUAAUUCUAAAACUAUUUCUGAUCUGAGUGAACCCAAGCACAUUGACUUUAGCAAACAUCCUUUACCAUGUCAUCCAUUUAUACCAGCUACAAAUAGUGCAGUUGGUGAUAUUCAAUCUGAAAAAAAAUAUUUAACAACAGGAAAUAUAAAACUCAAAUCACAGGGGACGGACGACGGUUUCCACGGUGAACCAGCUCUUUGCGGCAAAUCGAUUGUUCACGUUGCUAAUCAAAUGAUGUCUGGUAAAUUCGCUAAAUUAUUCACAUCAGAUUCACGUCAACAACAGACUGAAAGCUCUUUGAAGAAUGUCAGUAAGUCGUUACCAGCAUCACCACUGGCAACGCCAACGGGAACUCCAGAUAGUUCACCGAAAGCACGGAGGAAGAUUCACGCUAACCGAUAUUUUUCGGGUGCAUUUGUACCAGAUAAAGAGAAAUAUCAGGGUAGUUGGAUUUUAGCGAGCAUGUUGGGUCAAUCUAGAGAAAUCGUUACGGCAAAAAUAGAGGAAGAAGACGAAUUCUUUGUAGAACCAAAUAAACCACUUCAUCGGAAAAAAUCAAUAUCUUCGCAAAAUCUUACGUAUAUAGGAAAAGAAGAAAAGUCGGCAGAUAAAACGCCUGUUUAUGUAAAUAUGCCAUCUGAAUUAAGAGAGAUGAAUUGUUGGUCGCCAACUUCUAUGUGAAGUUUUAAAAUAGCUUCAGUUUUCAUUAUGUUCAGAAUUAUUAACCGAUACUUGGAGAUCUGUACUUAUCUAGAAGCAUAUUAAGUCGGGUUUAGACUGCACAUUGUCGACUGUAUUGUAAAUUGAGAUUUAAAUAUAAUAAUCAGGAUAAUAAGAAUCAAGAUUGGUUGAGUUUUAAUCUGUAAUUUUCAAUUCUUAAUUUGUUACAUGUAGACUUUUGUACAUGGUUGGUAUUUCUGCAAAAUAUAUCAAACAUAUAGUAUGCAAUAAAAGAAUAUGUUCUUGUAAAUAUAAGGAAACCUUACUAUAUCUAUAUAUACUAUUUAACUUAAAUCUAUUUCAAAUUGUAUAUCAAAGAGCACCAAACAACACCUAAAAUUUUAAAAAAGAUAAGUACAGCUCUAACCCAUACUUUCACCAAAGCACACAAUUCAAAUAGAUUUAGAUUGAUAAUUUCAUGUUACUCCAUAAUAUACUGCAAUGUAGGUUUAAUUAUAGUUUAUUAUAUUACAGUUUAUUAUAUAAAGCUAAUAUUUGUACAAAAUAUAUAAAUGUACGUUUUACUCGACAUUAGCAAGUUUAUGUUGAUCCAUAGGUAGGUUUGUUUUUCUCUGUACACAUUUGAAAUAUAAAUUAUAUAUGUGUUA